ACGCGUCGAAUAAGCCUAAUUUGAUCGAAUUUUAAGCUGCUCGAGUGAUUCUGUAUAAUUACCUUAAUGGAUUUAUAUGGAUUGCUUGGUGUGGAGCCAACAGCUUCUGUACCAGAGAUCAAGAAGGCAUAUCGCAAGAAAGCUUUGACAUGCCAUCCUGACAAAAACCCUGACAAUCCAAGAGCCGCAGAAUUAUUUCAAGAACUCUCGAGAGUAUUGGAAAUAUUGACAGACACAAACGCCAGAGUAGCGUAUGAUCAAGCCAUUGCUGCCAGAAAGCAGGCAAAAGAGCGAGUUAGACAGUUUGAUGCCAAGAGGAAGAAAUUAAAGGAAGACUUGAAGACACGUGAGGAAGAUCUUUAUAAAAGAUCGCUGGGGAAGCGAACAAAGGCUGAAGUGAAAAAAUUGGAAGAGUGGUAUCAUAACCAAAUCAAAGAGAUGAUGUUUACAUCAACAUCUAAUGUGAGAGACUUUUGAAUCAAAAUUAGAUGGAAGGUACAAAAUGGUGAUUUGACAAAUGGUGGAUAUAAUUAUGAUAAUUUACAUAAAAUGUUUUCCAAGUAUGGGGAUGCAGCGGUUCUUGUUAUAUCAUCUACAAAAAAAGGCAGUGCCAUGAUUGAAUUUGAAGAUAAAAUUGCAGCAGAAACAGCGCUUAUAGCAGAAAUCGGUUUAGCCGAAAAUCCAUUAAAAUUACGUGGAUUAUGGGAUACACAGAAACGUUCAACUAGUGCUGCAAGCAGUGUU